GCUUAUAUUUCCACUCCAGGCUCUUCAGGGCAGGUACUCUUACAGGACAGACAUGAAUGAAUUGCUGACGCGCAUGCUCUUUUGUCCAUGUAAACACCUUUAAUGGACAGUAUGUCGAUUGUGGUAGCUUCUUGCGUAACCUGGCAUGACCUUCUGUCCUAAGUUUGGAGAGCAGUCAGCGUCAAAUCUCAUGCGCCACUGAGACUUGACCAAACACUGUGCGCGCCUUGGGGAGGUUCACCCGCCCCCUCACAGACGCACUAAUUGGACGGACUAUUUUUUUUUUCUUUUCUAUUUUGUAACCAGCAGUCUUUUCUUAGAUCUAACACCCCCACAUGCAGGUCCCUUUCUACUCCGUCUGAAAACGACUUCAGGUAUCUUGAGAACCUUGGGAGACUUUACAAAAAAAAGAAGAAAGAAAUUGCGCGUCAGAAUGGCACUCCUGCUGCUCAUCCUCGUCUCUUUGUGCUGUGCGACCCGCAGUCAAGAGACCACAGAUCCAAUCUCGCUGGAUGACUGCUGUAAGGAUGGUAGAGAGAAAGCAACAGAAUCCCAGGACUGCACACGCAUCCCUCUCAUUUCUGAAUCUACCACCUGCAGAAUAGCCCAAGAACAGUGUUGUGCAUCAGUGCUGGAGGAUAUCACUUGUAACAAUGGUAUCACUAUGGCCAAACAGCUGGGCAGCUGUGAUGAUCUGCUAUCUGGAAACACCUGUGAGACUAAGACAGCUAAGGUGUGUUGCGAGUGCUGUUUACUCGGUCGGGAGGCUCAGAAGCAGGGUCUGACUUGUGACUUAAAUCUCAGCUCCCAGUGUGGCUCUGUGUUUCAGUCCUGCUGUAAUUCACCAGAGAGUAAGGACAACUCUUCAGAAGUCAGUGGAAUUGGUGAUCAGCAAUCAACCCAGAGUGAACAAUGCAAAGUUGGACCUGGGAACUGUGCUCAAAGCUGUAUUGAAAACAGCACAUGCACCUGCUUUACAGGCUAUAAGCUCAAACCCGAUGGGAAAAACUGUGAAGACAUAAACGAGUGUUUGAUUGGCUCUCAUCACUGCCGUCCUGGUGAACGCUGUAUUAACACCCGCGGCUCGUACCGCUGCCAGAGGGAGGUCAGCUGUGGCACAGGCUAUGAGCUCACCGACAAUAACAGCUGCAAUGAUAUUGAUGAGUGUGAGACAGGAACUCAUAACUGUCCUGUGGAGUUUGAGUGCCAGAACACGCCGGGGUCGUUCCGUUGCAGGCCCAAGGUGAAAUGCAACAUGGGAUUCACCCAGGAUGCUCUGGGCAGCUGCAUUGAUAUUAAUGAGUGUCUGAGUGUGGCAGCUCCAUGUCCAGCUGGUCAGACGUGUGUGAACACUCUCGGCUCAUACACAUGUCACAGGAACACAAUGAACUGUGGCCGUGGCUACCACCUAAAUACUGAGGGCACACGCUGUGUAGAUAUUGAUGAAUGUAAUUCUCUGGAUGAUGUGUGUGGUGGUCACAGCUGCGUCAAUGUUGUGGGCUCUUACCGCUGCGAAUGCAAGUCUGGUUAUAACUUUAAUAGUGUCAGCAAAUCCUGUGAGGACGUUAACGAAUGCCGGCACUAUCCUGGCCGUCUGUGUGCACAUAAAUGUGACAACAUUCUGGGGUCCUACAAGUGCAGCUGCACCACAGGCUUCAAGUUAGCCAGUGAUGAGAGGAACUGUGAAGAUCUCAAUGAGUGUGAGACCAAUCCCUGCAGUCAAGAGUGCGCUAACGUUUACGGCUCCUACCAGUGCUACUGUCGCCGUGGCUACCAGCUGAGUGAUGUGGAUGGAGUUACAUGUGAAGAUAUUGAUGAGUGUGCUUUGCCCACUGGAGGGCACAUCUGUUCCUACCGCUGCCACAACACACCAGGCAGCUUCCACUGCACGUGCCCCGUUCAGGGUUACACACUUGCCCCCAAUGGACGGAGCUGUCAGGACAUCGACGAGUGUGUGACCGGGUCGCACACUUGCUCCGAGACAGAGAGCUGCUUUAAUAUUCAAGGAGGAUUCAGAUGCCUGAAUUUCGAUUGUCCUAACAACUACAGGCGCUCAAGUGAGAAUCGCUGUGAACGCUUGCCUUGCUCUGAGAAUAGAGAAUGCCUGGCCUUGCCUGUGAGAAUAACCUACUACCACCUCACUUUUCCCACCAACAUCCCCGUACCCACCAACAUCUUCCGAAUGGCCCCUUCCAACAUGGAGGGUGGGGACAACUUGCAGGUGGACAUAGUGGAUGGAAACCAGGCAGGCUACUUUGAGACAAAGUACAUAGAUAACGGAGCGGUCAUUAUUGUCCAGAAGCCAAUUGCCGUGCCGCAGGACUUUGAAAUUUCGGUGAAAAUGACAAUGUGGCGUUGGAUGAGAAUGAGCACCUACCUUUCCAAAAUUCGGGUGUUUGUAACUGAUGAAGAUCUUAGCAAUUCAGUCUUUUUACAUGAUGAUAAACUGAUUAGUAAUCCUUAGAAAUUUUCAUUGAUUUUGAUUAGAAAUGAAACACUUACUCAUGUGUUGAAAGUUCCAUAGUGUAUGAAUAUGAAAUGAAUGAGAUUGACAAAGGUGCAUCAGAAGUGGGUUGGUUUUCGGGUUGGGCUUACUUGAAUAAUAUUCUCAAAUAAUAUCAGUUUCAUAUGGCUGUAUGAAAUACUUGGAACAUUUGUAAUGUUUGUUGUGUACUUUUAGUACCUUUAUGUCAUGUUUGGAAUCUUGAUCCUUUAGUUUAGGUGCUUUUCCUUUAUUUCUUUUAAGAAUAAAACAUGAGAAUAAUAGAAAUCUCCCCAAUUUUAAGAAUUAUUUGGCAACCAGUCGUAUCCCCACACGUGCAUUAGGGGGAACAUUAGAGAGUUUUUUGAACAGAUGAGAAUGUCUUGGUCUGGCGAGUGUUUAUAAUGUGGCCAAUGUUGUCCAAUUUUAAUUAUUUUUUUGCUGUGUUUAUAAUUUGAAGCCACUAGAUGGAGCUUUUGGAGAAACCAAAGCUAUCUGGUGUCAUCCAUUCAUAAGAGCAAUGUGUCUGUUUUCUGUUAGCACAAUAAAAUUGAA